UGCCGGAGCUCGCCUGAGGCGAGGCGGUGAGCGGCGGGACGGGACGGGUCUGCGGCCGCCUCUCCCCCUGCCCCGGGCCGCCUGGCGGCUCGGAGCGGCCCCUUUCACGCCCGUAGCGGCACGGAUGGAGCCGCCGUGCCCGGCUUGAGCGCGUCGGCGGGACCCGGAGCCGCUCCGCCGAGCCCGGGCGGGCGGGCGGGCGCAGCAUGGUGGACUAUAUUGUGGAAUAUGAUUAUGAUGCAGUGCAUGACGAUGAGUUAACGAUCCGAGUUGGGGAAGUCAUCAGGAAUGUGAAAAAACUGGAAGAAGAAGGAUGGUUAGAAGGGGAACUAAAUGGCAAAAGGGGCAUGUUCCCUGACAAUUUUGUCAAGGAAGUUAAGAAGGAUGUAGAGCCCAAGGAUGAUGCCAUACCAGUCAGGAGAGAGAAAUCUGGCAAUGUAGCCAGUCUUGUGCAGCGUAUGAGCAACUAUGGGCUUCCAGCAGGAGGAUUUCAGCCUCAUCCCCCGUCCAAAAGCAUCAAGAAGAGGUCCAAGAAGCGGCAGUGCAAAGUGCUCUUUGAAUACGUCCCACAGAAUGAGGAUGAGCUGGAACUCAAGCUGGGGGAUGUGAUCGACAUCAAUGAAGAGGUAGAAGAAGGCUGGUGGAGUGGAACACUAAAUGGCAAGGCAGGGUUGUUUCCUUCAAACUUUGUGAAAGAAUUGGAAUUGAUGGAUGAUGGAGAAACACAGGACGCUCUGGAUGACACAGAGCCUGUUUUCAGUGGUCCUACCUCACCUGUGGCCUCUCCAGGAAAUGGGAGUGAAGCUGGAUCUGGACCAGCACAGCCAAAGAAAAUCCGAGGUAUUGGGUUUGGAGAUAUCUUUAAAGAAGGCUCAGUGAAACUUAAGACAAGAUUAUCCAUUAAUGAAUCGGAAGAUAAAAAGCAAGAUAAGCCAUUACCUAACCACCCUUCUGGAACAAAGCUAAUUAAUUUUCCCAGUACAACAAAAACUGAAAGCUCAUCAGAAGUAAUAAAAUCAGAAGCUGAAAGUAAACCAAAAGCCAAGGAAUAUUGCAGGACAAUAUUUUCCUAUGAAGGCUCAAAUGAUGAACUCAGCUUUAAAGAAGGCGAGAUCAUUCAAAUAAUCAGUAAGGACACUGGAGAGGCAGGCUGGUGGAAAGGAGAACUCAAUGGUAAAGAAGGAGUCUUCCCAGAUAAUUUUGCUGUUCAAAUACAAGAGUCUGAUAAAGACUUCCCUAAGCCAAAGAAACCUCCGCCUCCAGUUAAAAGUCCAGCUCCAAAGCCUGAAUUGCCAACUGGAGAGAAGAAACUCCCUACUUUGAGGCCUGAAGAAAAAGAUGAAAAAGGAGCUUUGGAUCAGAAGCCUUUGAAGCCACAAGCUCCUCAAGUACCACCCAAGAAGCCUAUUCCUCCAAGCAAGACUAAUAGCUUACUGAGAGCAGGGCUUCUGCACCCAAAACGUCCAGAUAAACCUGUUUUGCCAUCAUCUGUAUCCAAACCUAAUGGAGAAGUUGUUUCUCUUCGACCGAAAUCUGAAGUUGAGCCAGUAGCAAAACCAAAGUUAGAUUCUGAACCAUUACCACUUAGACCAAAAUCAGUAGAGGUAGAUUCACUUGUGGUAAAGAGCUCUAAAGAAUCGGAUCUGUUAAGCUUUGAUGAUGUAAUAGCUACCUCAGAUAAUCUAUCACACCCUACUGCAAACCGACCCAAGAUGCCUGGUAGGAGGCUGCCUUCACGUUUCAAUAGCAGCAGUCCUGCAAGUCAAAAUGUGAGUCCAGAAAAAAAUUUGAAGGUGCAGAAAGAAGAAGAAAGUGCCAAACCAAAGCCAGUUGAAACAAAAAAGCCAUCUGCAUUCAGUCCACCAAUUCCAUCUUCAUCGCAGAGACCAAGUUCUGUUAUACUCAACUUUUUUCCUGGAGACAUCCAACUUAAAGGAGAAACAGAUGAUGAAAAAAUUUCUGUGGAAGAGCUCAGGACUCAGAUUAAUGAUUUGAUGGGUUUAGUAGACGUACUGAAGAAAGAACAUGGGAGAGAACUGGAAAAACUAAAGAAGGAUUUGGAAGAAGAGAAACUGUUACGAAGUAAUCUGGAGCUUGAAAUAGAAAAAUUGAAGAAAGCAGUGAUGUCUACAUGAGACAGUUAUGGACUCAAUGUUUUUAACUCACCAGGAAUUCAAAGCUGAACACAAGGAGAACUGACUCUUAUUUCAUAAUAAUAAUGGAUGCUGGUGUUCUACAGUCUUAAAGAAAAAAAUAUAGUAAAAAAAGGAAUAUAGUCUUUUAUUCAGAGAGAUAAGAAAACAAAAAAGAAUAAUGGUGUAAUUUUUUUGCCAAUAUAAAAGAGGCCUUAUUUCUUACUGUGCUGGAAUUGCAGACCUUAUUUUUUGGUUUGCUUGAAAAUACUACUGAAUCUGUAUAGAAAGGAGAGGGAAUUCGUAAUAGAUUUUUAUUGAAUACCUGUAGCUUAAUUUUUAAAGAGAUCUAUACUAUAAAUAGGGUGAUCUAUCUUUACAACUAAUCUGUAAAAUAGUCUAUUGGGAGGGGUGUAAUAACUGUAUCGUAAUUGUAGUCACUACUUUUCCCCUAGAUGCAAAAGGGAAUAUAUGAUAUUUGUAUAAUUUUGGCAGUCUUACCCAGGGUUAUGCUGUUGUGCCUGUCUGCAGUGAGAAUAUUAAUAAUAUGCUGUUUAUAAGUUGAGUAAUGAGAUAGGAAUUUUUUAAUGCAAUGAAGCAGGUGAAACUCCUAUGCAUUGUAGUAAGAACGAAUGAUCUAAUCUGAGUAGUUUAGCAGAAUGUUUUGUCACUUGCACUAUUGGAUUAAAAAGGGAUUUGGGACUGAAUCAUGAAGCUAUGACAAAAUUAACUUUUAAAACCACAAAAUGCAAGAAAAACAGAAACAAGGCUACAAUCCAGUCUUAACUCAACCUGUUGUGCCUAAAAUAUUACAGCAUACAGCAUGAAAAAGUAAACCUUAAGUCACAAUGUCCGUGCUUCUGUGUAUUUAAACUGAAGUCAUCAAUCUUUCUAGUGGUUAAAUAUGCAUCUUGAUCUGUUUUUACGAUAGUCAGGUUUUGUUUAUAAUAUGUCUCUAAAUAAAUCCUUUUGGAACUUUGAUACUCUCAAAAGGUCUCAAUAUUUAUAUAUUUAUGCCAUAAACUUUCUCAGUGUAUUGUGUAUCUCUAAAUUUAAUAACAUCUUUGUAUUUUAAUGAGUGAUUGGAACAAUUGCUUUGACAGCAUUGUGCUGGUGUCCAAGAUGGCAUCUUUCACAUUUUAUGGAAAACAGUUGAAAUCUUGUGGAUUGCCAUUAUCUUUAACCCCUGAGCUCAACACAGUGCACCAGAAUAAUAUACAAGUAAUAUGUAAAGUGGUGGGAGACAAUGAUAUUUAUUGCUGUGUUAAUUUGAUCAAACAAUUAAAAAACAUACAGCUCAGAAAGCCAGUCAAAUGCAUUACUUCUGUUAGUAAUCACCAUAUCUCCUUUUGGUUUACUAGAAUUUAAAUGACAAAAACAUGCCACGUAGUUUGGCAACUUCGCCAGUAAGAGAAGUAAUUAAGUUUCUAUUCAUGGGAAUAGUCAUAAAUAUAGUAAUUAUUUAGUGUGUCACUUGAGCAAGUGACAGGGAAGUGUUACUUCUUGAGAGUAUACAUUUUCCACAGUUGAUGCAUCAUAAAAUACAAACAUCAAAAGGUCAGUUGGAGGAUGUUUGUCAAUUGCUGAUUUAAAUUGUUCAUAAAAUUUGGUUAAUAUACUAUGAGGUAUUAGGGAAUAUUUGCUAGUCACAUUGCUAAUAAGCUGAUUCAGUAUCAAUGCUUUUAAGUUUUAAUUGCCUAGAUGCAUCACAAAUGAAGACUUGAGCCAGAUCUUUAUAUUGAGGAAUAAUGUGCAGCAGUAAUGCUUCUCAUCAGACACUAAACUCUUACUUAGAAUUCAUAUCUCUGAGUCAGGUGACGAAAAGCAAGAGUUGAGCCUAACGGAAUAGCCAAUUUUGUUAUACAAGCUCUCACUGUGAUUAGAGCAUGAAACAAAUCUUGGAAUGGAUUGCUCUACAGAAAUUGUGUCUGCAUGUAAGCUUGUAGCAGAUGAACAGAACAAGACAAUCGGCUAAAACCACAAAUGAAGGGUGUUUGUUAUUUAAUGGCCUUUGUUCGCUGUAGCAAUAAAUGACCCAAGUGCAAUGACUUGACUUAAUAAAACCCUUCUUUAAAAGUCGCUGCUAUUGAGUAUUUUUAGCCAUAAGGAAGUUGCCCCAAUAUAUCUCUGUCUUGUCUUCAGCUAGUGUUACGUACUAGAGUGGAGGGGGAGAGGGUAAUGGUUUUGAAGACAUUCCACAGUACAAGUUCGUAAAAGCAGUAUGCUUCACUGACUUGUUUACCGGUGCUGUAAAAUGAUGCAUGCUAUCCAAACUCAGCAAAUAAAGUAAGUUUAAAAACCUGUUGAAA